AUGGGUUCCACCUCUCCUCCUCGGGAGAGCAGAAAGCUCUUCUCGCCUCUCCGUCUCGGAGAAAUGAACCUCGAACAUCGAGUCGUUAUGUCGCCGUUGACGCGCCUGCGCUGUCCUGGUGGGUUUCCGACCUCGGUUGUUACGGAGUAUUACACUCAAAGAGCAACGAAGGGAGGGCUACUUAUAACUGAGGGGAUGCAUCCGAGUUUGAUGGGCGGGGGUUACUACGGCGCACCAGGCAUGUUUGCGCCGGAGCAUGUGAGGGCUUGGAAAAAGGUGACGGAUGCUGUGCAUGCCAAGGGUGCUUUCAUGGCGUGCCAGUUGUGGCAUGUCGGGCGAGCGGCAGUCUCAAUCUCGCUCGGCGGCCGCCAGCCAUUGAGCUCUUCUGCAACGAACAUUGGCUACUUCAACAGGACCACACCUGGAGGCUACAAAGUGCCUAACGAGACAGCCAGACCGAUGACAUUGCAGGAUAUCAAGGACACAAUUGAUGACCAUGUGCAUGCUGCGAAAUGCGCGAUCGAGGCCGGGUUCGAUUGUGUCGAAAUCGUCACAUUACCCCGUUGGAGAAGGAGACUGGAGUCUAAUGAGACGAAGGCGUCAGGCAACGGUUAUCUGCUAGACCAAUUCCUCAACAGCAACGUCAACCUGCGCACCGAUGCUUACGGAGGCACCAAAGAGAACAGAGCUCGCUUCACGCUUGAGGUACUAGACGCAGUGAUCGCCGCUAUCGGGGCAUCCAGAGUGUCGAUCCGAAUGAGCCCUUGGGGAACGGUUUGGGUGCCGCUGGAUGCGGAUCCGAUAGCGAACUACCGUUAUGUGCUGAGCGAAGUCGAGAAACGAGGCGUCGCGUACGUAUGUCUUACCCAGCCGCAGGCCGACCUGCUGCUCGAAGAGAAGACCAAGUGGGAAAACAUGUACACAGCUAUCAAGUUGGGGAAAGUGGCUGCUACGGUCGAGGAUCUCCAUCUCGGGCACUUCCAGGAAGUACUGAAGACGACACCGAUCCUGGCGAGCGGAAGCUAUGAUGGCGAGAACUGCUUUGAGGAGGUGGAAAGGGGUGAGAUGGACGCAAUCACGUUUGGCAGGUGGUUUAUUAGUAACCCGGAUCUUGUGGCGAAGCUGAGGCUGGGAAAGAGGUUGACCAAUUGGAAUCCGGCGACUUUUUAUGUAAGUGCGGGCAUGUUUGAGAGUGAUGGUUAUACGGAUUAUCCCUUUGGAGAAGUAGAGGACGAAGAGGCAGCGAAGUAA